CUGACACCAAGACUGCCUCUAUCAGAGGAUCCCCAAAGCGGGGCUCUCAACAGGAGAGGGUGCAUGGAACAGAGCAGGGUUCUGAGGCCGAGGCAGGACGAUCUUGGGAGAGUGUACACUCGGAAGGGGCCCGGCAGGGCAGAAUUUCUGGGGUUUAGACCAGUCCACAGGCAAAUAGCCUGAGCUCCCAGACCUGCAGGAGAUUAGACAGAUGGGGUGGAGAAGAGGAGCCCAGCGCCACAUUCUCAGGACUGACCUUUUCCUUGUGCUCUCUUUAUAGGGCAGGUGGGCGGACCCCUGGGAGUGGACUUGCCCCUGCCUGACCCCUCCCUUGUGUCCCCCGAUUCUCCGACAUGCUCUGCCGGGCUAAGCCCCCCCAGCCCCGCCCACCUCGCGCCGUUGCCAUGGGGAGGAACGCGCAGGACUCGCGCUGCAGGCCGCUCCGUUCCCGGGCGCACUCGGACAGGAGACCCGGAUUCAGCCUUCACCGGGGUGAACCUCCCAGAGUCCCGCCCCGCCUAACCGCUCCCACGAGGGUCGCAAAGGCCCCAGCAUGUCGAGCGAGCCGGGGACAGCAGUCAGGACCCCGCGUCCUGGGACCCAGAAGUCUUCCGGCGCGACGACCAAGAAAGGGGAGCGAGCGGCCAAGGAGAAGCCGGCGGCCGCCCAGCCGGCGACGGGCGAGGAGGAGCCCCAAAACCCCGAGGAGUACCAGUGCACCGGGGUGCUGGAGGCCGACUUCGCCGAGCUCUGCGCGCGCUCGGGCUACAUCGACUUUCCCAAGGUCGUCACCCGGCCGCGCCCGCACCGGAUCUCCGACUCCUCGGCCUCCACGUCCGAAAAGCCCACGCCCGGUGAGAGGCCCUGGCGGGACAGGGGGCCGCCAGCGGGCGGAGCAGGGCUGGGGGCGGCGUGACAACCUCCCACCGCUUCACCCGGUCCCAGACGAGCAGCGGCUGUCGGCGUCCUGCAGCCUCAACAGCCUGGAGAGCAAGUACGUAUUCUUCCGGCCCACCAUCCAGGUGGAGCUGGAGCAGGAGGACGGAAAGGCGGUGAAGGAGGUCUACAUCCGCGGCUGGAAGUUGGAGAAUCGGAUCCUGGGGAUCUUCUCCAUUUGCCUGCCCUCCCUCAGCCAGCUGCAGGCCAUCAACCUGUGGAAAGUGGGGCUGACAGAUGAAACCCUGACCACCUUCAUCACCCUCCUGCCUUCCUGCUCUCCCACGCUCAGGAAGGUGUCUCUGGAGGGAAACCCACUGCCCAAACAGUCGUAUCACAAGCUCAUGGCCAUGGACAGCACGCUCGCUCACCUGUCUCUGCGGAACAACAACAUCGACGACCACGGCGCCCAGCUCCUGGGCCAGGCCCUGUCCACGCUGCAUGGCAGCAACCGGACCCUGGUGACCCUGAACCUGGCUUUCAACUACAUCGGGGACGAGGGCGCGGGCCACCUGGCGGACGGCCUCCGGCUGAACCGCUCUCUGCUCUGGCUGAACCUGGCGCACAACUGCGUCCGGGACAAGGGUGCCCUGAGGCUGGCCGAGGUCCUGCGCCCCUUCGAGCUGACGCACCCCGAGGUGGUGGAGCGCCGGCGCCUCCUGCUGGAGAAGGCGGAGCAGGAGUUGUCGCGAUCGCCGACCUCUUCUCGACAAGCGGAUGCCAAAACGGAGCGGGGGCAGCCUCACAUGGGGGCGGUCAGCAGUGUGGCUCUGGUGGAGAAGAUGCAGUCGAUGAAAACCCUUAAGGGCCUGAUCAAGAAGAAGGAGAAGCCAGGGGUAGGUGUGCAUGGGACGGCUGGGUGGACCAGGGGCCCCUCCAAGACGUCUGGAGGGAGGGGAAGGAAGGAGGCCACAGGGCCUCGAGGUCCGCCUCGCCUGGGCUGCCCACACUGGCUGCCCAUGCCCUGGAGGUGGGGCUUUCAUCCCACCCUCCACAGGAAGUGGUCAAGGAGAAGUCGCCCACACAAGGAACCCCUAAGAAAGAAGACACCACAAAGCCAGGCAAGGGGAGUAAGUGCAGAUACCCCUGCGUGGAGGAGGGAAAAGCAGUGGGCCGCACGCAGGAGGCUCUGGCCUGGACAUCUGCUGGGAGUGGUCUUGCUCAUGCCUCUUUGGGCCUUACCUCUUCCCCACAGUGAGGAUGCGGAGAGCCAGACAUGGUGGCUCCCCUCCCUUCUGCAGCUCGGACCCCAGAGCUGGGUCCCCAAGGCCCUGUCCUCAGACGAGGAGCCCGCCUACCUAGCUGGGGGCCCUUGCAGUGUUAAUCCACACCCAAAGUCUGAUAGCCUCACCUCGCCCGUUCUCCCCGGGAACCUGGGUGGUUCCCAAGGGCUGCAUUAUGCAUUCUGGCUCCUUUCUGGCCACAGAGGUAAGCGUCCCCGAGCAGAAGCUGAGCAGGGGAAAGGGGGCCAAGGCAGGGAGCAAGGAGAAGCGCAGCACCCUCUUGGAACCCGAGCAGCUGGUUGCAGAAGCUACAGAGAUGAUCAACCCCCUCCUGGAGCCCAUGGAGCACCGAGACGGGAAGGUUUUCAUGCCUGGGAACAAGGUCCUUUUGCACCUCAAUCUCCUCCGAAACCGAAUCACAGAGGUGGGGCUGGAGGGCUUCCUCACAGCAGUGCAGUACCAGGCGCAGUUCUCCAGGUCCAAGAGUGUGUCCAAGAGCCCAGUGGGGCUGCUAUGGCUGUCCCUGGCGAAAAAUUGCUUCAACCCACAGUGUCCCAUGUACACCAUGAUCCAGGAGCUCUUGCUGCCGAAGGACCCCAUCAAGAUCAAGCUUGGGGACGAGGAGGCCCAGCCUUUCUGGCCCUAGCCCCACCACCUUCACUGAGGCUCUGGGCCACAGACAUGUCCUGUUGUCACCAUCUGUGGGCAGCCCCAGGGCAGACCUCAGACCAGGAAGUCUGCUGCUGUACUUUCCUGUGGGUGUUGGAAAAGUUUGCUUCAGAACUUCGUGUGACAUCCGGCCACGAUCUGUUCACAUCACUGGUCAGGAAUGAUCCGAAUCACCUCCCAGUUCAGCCCCUCCGGGCCAGCUGGCUGGGCAAUUGCCCCUCUGCCUCCUGAGGGCUACUUCCUGGUUGCCCAGGCCCCUCUCGCCCCUGCUGGGGGAGGAGGGUGCUGAGCUGGCCCCAUCCCUGACCCCCGGCUGGCUCACCUAGGUGCCUGAUGGGCCCGGAAGAGGCCAGGGCUGUUAGGGAAAUACGCAAAGCUUAGGCAGCCACUCUGAAGAGGGCGCAACGUAUCUCAGCACCGACUCGGCAAAGACCAGAGCGGGCAGCAGUCUCAGCCGACAUCUGGAGUGAGGUAACCCGUGCCUAGAGUGCGACCUGAGUGAGGAGCCCAGCGCAAGAGCAAGGGCUGACCAGGACCCUCUCCCUGGCCCACCCUGGCCGGUGACACUGGCCCGCCUCGCUUGCUCGCUUGCUCCUUCCCAGCUUCCUGUCAGCCCUGCCCAGGUCCUCCCCCACAACCACUGUCGACAUGGCUGUGUUGAGGCAGAGGUGCUGCCUGCCCUGCACGACCCGCACCUCGGUCAGCUCCUGAGGCCCGGCGGCUGCUCCUUUGCGUUUGUGUGUGCACUGUGAGCUGCCUGGGGCUGUAUGAGCCAGCGGCUCCCACCCCCUUGGGCGAGCCACACGGGAAGCUCUGGGAAAGGACCCAGGCAUCAGGAGCAGUACCGGUUGUGUCUUUAUCACGGCGGUCCCAAGAAUCACUCACACAACUGAAGAAUAUUUAACUUUUCUUAAAAAAGAGUCUUAACCAUGAAAGGAAGAAAAUAAGAGUAUACAUUAUCUUAACAGCAAAACAGUCAUUUCCAUAUCUGUAUCUUAUAUAUUAUAUAUAUUUAUAUAUAUGUAUAUAUACACCUA